CAUUGUUUGACGAUGUCAUGCGGGUCUGCCUGGGCAAGUCCGGGCGUAGAAAAAGGGAUCUUUCCUAUUCGUAACCAUUGGACGGGGAAUUUUCGUUGUAUUUUGCUUAGGUGAUGUCUGUUGUAGUCGACGAUCUAAAAGUUGAAGUAUUGUGUGUUUUAGUUUUAGAGAAUUUUUCGGUCAAAACAAGCAAAUUGAGACGCUACAGCGUACAGCCUCACCAGCUUCCUCGCCCAAGAUUUGGACGAAGAUAGAAACUACGAAUCAAUGAAGGUCGAUGGCCCUUCUGUCUUUUUCGAGUAUUCUCGAAACGAGGAGUCGCGAGUCAACCGGUGGCUUCAGCACCUGAGCGAUGACGACAAGAGCGCUCUGAACUUCAGCAUCGACGAGCAUCUUGAGGAACUGGCGGUAUGCAAUACUCAGAACGAUACUUUAUGGCUAGAAUUAGAGGCUUUACCUGUUCUAUUUUUACCUUACCAGAUACUAGGACUAGUGAGGACAUCAGUCGUGACAAAAAUAAUCAAAGAGACGAUUAUCUUCUAGGUCUACAACUAGGCUACAUUAUGAUUAUGACUACCUAAACCCAAUCCCAAAGCUGUAGCGGUGGAAACAUUUUGUAGUAUUCUUAAUAUCCGCGUGUCAUUUAUAGGAAUAAGCCUAGAAACUUUUUAGCUUGUUAGUACACACCGAAUACAACAUACAACUACUGUAGUACACACAUCGGACUUAAUGUUAAUAAUAUAACCGUGCUUACUAAAAAGUAUGAAUUAUAGGUCCGGUGAAAAGAGUUCAGGCUGGCUACUGCUCUAGUUCGUUUUUACACCUCCGGUUCUUUCACUUUUUCGUGUUUCUUUUUCUAUGUAUGUGUGUCGUUAAAAUUUUCGGACCAUCUUCAUAGCUUGCGCUCGCCGAUUUAUUGGGUCUUCGCAAGGUGGGGAUGCAGGAGUUCGACGUUCAGUUAAGGCUAGGUUUUCCUCCUCCAGGCAGCGUAAGGAAGAUGGCUUGGUUCGAAGUGUCGGCCAUCGAUCUUUCCUUGAUCUCAAGUACGAUGGUGGAGAAGGAGAACUGGUAUGGUCAAUCUUUCUAAUAUCAGCCUUCCUGAAUCUGGAUGUGCAAAAUCUUGGAGGUGUGAAGGGCGAAGCCAUACUUCGAAAUUUGGCGAGCUUUUGGUCUUCCGAAGGCAAACAGUUUCGGACUCCAUCACUCGAUGCGAUACACGCAAAUUUGCGUAGAGUAGCAGAAACACUUUCAUGUUCUCCAAAGGAACAGGUAGGUGAAUCUCGACUAGAAGCAGAACAGAAAUUUAUUGGCGGAACUGCGCAGGUUGAUGUCGAAGCAACAACAGAAACAGGCGUGGUGGACGAGGAUCAGAUGGACGUCGAGGCUCCAUCUUCGGCACUGAAAGCCCUCCGAACAGAUGCGGGAAGCUUUAGGUUGAAGUCUGCGAACAAUUCAGUAACCACAGAUUUGCCUGGCAGAAGUUUGUCUAGCUCUUCUCCGUCAUCACGAAGGCGAGUACGCGGCUCGUCGAGAGGACAGUCGAAAGCUUUCGAAAGCGGUCCGCGCAUACCGCUAUCCUCGCACUCAACAUCGGGAAUAUCCACUAGGCCGCAUCUCGUACUUGACGGAUGCUGGACAGGUCGCUUGCUAGCAGAACUUCUACGCCUAGGGUAUUACCAUAGAUACUUACAGCUACCUGUGAAGAUUUGACUGUAUAUAUCAAAAUGAAGAAAGAGGAGCUUGUAGUUAAUAUAGAGGAAACUGUGUCGCGGUGUGCUUGGCUAAACUAGUUUGAUGCAACUGAUGAUCUUGAUCAUCAUGACGGACAGAAGUGGUCUUCUUUUAGAGCAGCAUCAAAAAACGGAAUGAAUGUGAAUAUGAAAAAAUACCUUGUUUUUCGACUACAUAAUCCCGAGCAUGCAUAAAAUUUUGCAAGCUUAGGUACCACGAUGACUACCGCGUAUCUGCCUUAGUGCAGGAUCCAGUGGAGGCCGUUCUUGCGAAAACAAUGCUCGUCUCUCCGCUUCACUCGCAUGUCGUGCACCCCUACGCAAGUAUGUCGGUAUUAACUACUUCAACUGCGACUACUGCUCUUAUUUUGUGAAAUCAUGAAGCUAGCAAAGGCUUCAUGAUUGUGGACAACAUAUCUGUAUGUGACUCACCAAAGUAGAUGAUCAAUUCUCGAGAAUUGGGCAAAGGCAAAAAAUGAUGCUUGAUCUGGUAGUAAACUACUGAACAUCUUCUUCCUUUUGUAGUCAUUUGUGUGUGACAGAACGAGCGUGAUGUUGUUGAUCGUUUGUCAAUGCAGAUCAAUCGCACGACGCGCAGGGAGCAGUUUCGAUUAGCCGAAAUUCCGGACUUAGUGGUAUCUUCAGAGAUACUACCCCUAGUACCCGAGGACUCUGUAUCGCCUAAACGAACACGCACAGCGACGCCCGCGGAAGUCCGUAACUCCGAGAAAGAAGCGGCUUCGGCUGUCGGUUCAUCCGCUUACCAGCUGUGCUCUAGUUGGAACGAUGUGGUCACCUUGCAGGAUCGAGCAGAGCAAGUUCUUCAGCAGCAGGAAAGAACAGAUUGCACACGGGGACCAGCAGCUACCUCUGCAAAUACAUCUUCCUGCUCUUCUUCUACUUCAGUAAACGGUGGUAGCAGUAGGAUGCAUGUUUCCUCACCAAUGGUGUACCUAACUUCCUUCGGUAUGAGUGACGAGGCAGCGUCUUUGUCCUUUUUGACGAAGAUUCUCCAGGUGAAACGACGUUUGAAAGCCGGUGACUUCUGGCUCCAUCAUUUUCCGCAGAAAACACCCCGUUCACUGGAAUAUCGCAUGCAUCCGCUACGCGACCCGGUUGCUGUUUUGGAUGAGAACCAGCAACAACACACAACAAGGCACCAUGGCUACCGCCUGGACCUACCCUUUGACGACCUGAGACGCGCUGUUGCCGUUCAUUUUGACAUCUUGCACGACACUCUUCUGCCAUCGAGGCUCGGAGAAAACGCGAAGAGCAUGCUACACCAUGAAUAUCUCAUUUGGAGCUUUCUAGCGGUGCGCAAGACCGAAUCAUGACGGGUGAAACCACGUCUCCUUGAUGAAGAUGAACCUCAUAAAAAAUAACGAUCCUAAUUUUCAUUCAUGUUCAUGAUACAUAGAAGAAGUAAAAGAAAAACGCGUCACAGACAGAGUCUAGACUUUAAGUCUGUCGUGCUCUUGCUCUAUUCCUAGC